AUGUUGCUGACUCAUCUACCUAGCUCUUCUUGCUCGUCAACAGCGCAGCAGAGGCAUCCGUGCGCCGGCAAGUCCCCCUUCCGCGGCGCCGCAUGCUGGAGGAAGCGUGAAAAGCUCCCCGGCUUGAGGGCCAGACUGGCCGUCAAGCCGCCGCGCGCCGCGCCAGGGAAGGGCGGCAUUGUCCCGGCCAGCGACGAUGACGACGGGGUCAGCCUCGGCACCGUGAAGCUGCCGGGCAACAUCGACAUCGCUCGGUUCGAGUCCUUGCUCUUCCAGUGGGGGAACAGCCUCUGCCAAGGCGCCAACCUGCCACUUCCGGUGCCUCUCAAGGUAGACAAGGUUGAGGGCGGCAUCAGGCUAGGGUUCAUCGCGGUCGAGGACGGCGCGACGCAGACGCUGGUCUACAUCGACUGCCUGGUUUCUCCGGCGCCGGACGGCUCCGGGCUGGUAUUCCAAGCGAUCAGGAACGGUCCUAUGAAGGACAAGCAGCCACCUGGGGAGCCCAGGAUCAUGAGAAGCCUCCUUGAGGCUCUCCAAAAGUGUAUUCAGAUUGCUCAAGUUUGA